AACCUCUUGCCACUGAAUCUCUAUCGUCAUUGGGGUGUGUGUGUGUGUGUGUGUGAUAUAUAUAUAUAUAUAUUAUAUGUAUGUGAGAGAGAGGAGAAAGAGAAAGAGCAUGCAUCCUUUCCUCCAUCUGAUCGGAAUCACCUCCGACCAGACCCAUGUCGACGUUAAUUAGAGGAAGAGAGCAAAAUAGACCACAAGCACGCCACACCAUUAGCAUCGCUGAAAUCCACAUCCAUCUCUACCUGAAAUUCAAACCCACCAUCAGCGUCACCCAAUUUUGCUGGAUAUUGAAUAGGUGGAGUCAGAGAUCUUCUAGUGGUUGUGGUGUUACAUUUACAGUGGUAAUGUUGAUUGAAUUUGGUUGUGGGUGUGGUAUUUGCAACGGGUCUCCUUUCUUGAAUUUCUCUUUCUCUUUUGGUUGGUUGGGUUAUGAUGGGCGGUGGUUAGGUGAUGCUCAUGGUGGGUAAUUUGGUGGCUGGUGGUGAUGUUCGUAAAGGAUGUGUGGUAAGAAAAGUUGGGGUCGGUGGUGUUGGA